GAGAAGAAUAUCUUGGAUUUGAUUCAAAGCCAUCAGUUCGCGCACUGUAUCAACGAUUUGGUGACUAUCGAAGACUCGAACUCCGCUGUUGGCGACCAAUUGGCCAAAGAGUUUCGACAGAUUCUUACGCAAUGUUUAGUUCACUUGAAUUUCUUAAGGCAAACACUGGUCGACGUAUUGCCGCAAAGAGUGUACGACAAAGCGAUUGGAACCGUCAUUAAUACGCUUUUCAAUGGAUUAAUAAAUAAGAUUUUGAUCCAAAACGACAUCAGCUCUUCCGGCGCCCAAAGGCUGAGCCAAGAAAUUGAGUUUCUCUUCGCGGAGGUGAAGACGUUCCUGAAGACUGAAAACCCGAUGCGUUUGGUCAGCAAGUGGUCCAAGUUAUCUGAACUCAAUUUUGUGCUUAACGCAAAUCUCUUGGAGAUAGUGAACCGAUGGGCCGACGGCUACGGAAUAUUGGCCGCGGAGUUCACGGCACCGGACGUCAAGCAACUGAUUCGUGUAUUGUUUCAAAAUACGGAACACAGGGCUAAAACGCUCAACAGAAUUACUUCCCAUUAG